AUGCGCGUGGCCAAGCAAUUCACCCCCGAGGUGCUGCUGAGUGCUCCCCGCCGCGGCCCUGCCGUUCCCAGUCCAGACGGCUCCUUGAUUCUCUAUACCCAGUCGGCCCACAGCUUCGACGACAACAAGACCCUCAAGGAGGUCCGGCUCAUGGCCGUCGAGAGUGGGGCUUCGGAGCAGCUCGCCGACGACGACAAGGUCCAUGAUGCCCAAUGGAUCCCAGGGACUCGCACCGACAUCAUCUACUUGAAGUCGGGUGAUAAGGGGACCACUCAGAUAUGGAUUGCUGAUGGCGCCGACCCUGCCAAGGACCACUACGUUGCUGCCGAGUAUGAUGCGCCCAUCAGUGCUCUCAAAGUGAAGGCCCUCGCAGAUGGGAGCGUCGCCUUCGUCGUUGCCGGAUUGGUCGGCCCCGACGGAGGUCUGUUCAAUGACAAGACAGACGAGAAGAAGUCGACCGGUCGCAUCUUUGACGAUUACCAUGUCAGAGUUUGGAACGAGCUGUACAAGGCGCAAAAGUACGCUCUCUGGUACUCGACUCUCAUCAAUGCACACGGUAAGUGGGGAGUUGCCGGAGAGUUGCAAAACGCCAUCAGAGGCACCACUCUCGAAGCGCCCUACGGCAUGUACGAUGUCGCCGACCCGGGAGACAGCUUCGACAUCAGCGAGAAGGGCAUCACCUUCAUCGCUGAGGACACCGCGCCUUCGUCACCAGAGUACUCUGGCAUCUCCCAUGUCUACUAUGUUCCCCUUACCUCAUUCACCGCGGCGCCCACUGUCCGCCCGAGAGCCAUUGUCAUGGGCAUCUCCGAGACCAAGGCCUUCUAUGCCAACGUUAGAUUCUCGCCUGACGGCUCCAAGAUUGCCUUUUUGCACUCGUCCUAUGAUAGCCCGUCAGAUGUGAGGCUGUACAUGGGCCAUACAAGCUCUUUCGGCGCAUACGAUGUGCACAGAAUGAUCUUUGGAAAGAGGCCUCGCCUGCCCCCAAAAGCUUUUGAGUUCGCGGGCGAUUCUGAUUCUCUGCUGAUCACGACUGAGGACUGCGGGCGAGUGAAACUGUCACAUCUCGAGCUUCGCCACGACGCCGAAGCUACGUCACUCGUGGAAAGUGGUGUCGUGACCGCCUUCUAUCCCCUACAAGAGGGUAACUACGAGAGGCUUCUUGUCACCAGCAACAACAUAGUUGACAGCAGUCUGUGGCAAAUUGUUGACGUCUCGAUGACCACCCAAGCAAGAGUCAUCUCGUCGGCAACCAAGCAUGGCGCCAAGUAUGGGUUGUCGCAUGGCAUGGUUUCUGAAUUCUGGUACGAGGGUGUCAAUGAUGCUGUCGUGCAUUCCUUUAUCAUUAAGCCGUCCAACUUUGACGAGACGAAGAAGUACCCCUGGAUCCUCUUACCCCAUGGGGGACCGGUUUCUUCUUGGCUAGACUCUUGGUCAACAAGGUGGAACAUGGCUCUCUGGGCACAGCAGGGUUACGUUCUCGUCGCACCCAACAUCGCCGGCAGUACAGGCUACGGCGUUGACUUUACAGCACGAAUCUAUCGCCAAUGGGGUGGUGCACCCUAUCAAGAUCUCGUCAACUUGAUGGAGUACCUCAAGCCGCUGCCGUACCUCGACCACAGCCGCGCUAUCGUCGCGGGAGCAUCAUACGGCGGUUACAUGGUGUCCUGGAUGUUCGGACAAGACAUGAUCAAGAAGUUUGCGUGCGCAAUUUGGCAUGACGGCAUCUUCAACCUGCCGGUGUUCAUGCUGCAGAGUGACGCCACCGGCGGCGGGCCGGAAUUCGGGGGUGCGCCGUUCUUAUGGAGCAACGGCGAGGAGAUGGAGAAGUGGAACCCGGCGCGUCCGGAGCUGUUGCGGAAUUGGAAGCAUGCGCCCCCGACGUUGAUCAUCCACAGCGAGAAGGACUACCGAUGUCCCAUCACCGAGGGCCUGGCAGCGUUCAACACCUUGCAGGCUCAGGGUGUAAAGAGUCGUUUUUUGACAUUCAGCGACGAGUGUCAUUGGGUUCUCAACCCCGAGAACUCGAUGAUCUGGCACCAGACUGUCUUUGAGUGGGUGGAGAAGCAUAUCGGUGGCAAGGAGGCGAGAAACUUCUAG